AUGCCGCCUCGCACGUCGACGGCCUUGACCUCGUCCUUUUCCAUCUCCGACUCCAAGGACGAGGUUGUCUGCCCCCUGAAGAAUCAGGAUGGCUCUAACUGUCAUAAAAGAUGUCUCGGUGAAAAGAGGUAUCGCUCCAUGCAAGAGCACAUCCGCCGUGCCCAUCCAGAGCACUACAUCCCAAAACUCCCAGCCACCGAGGAGAGCUUCCUGCUCAUGAUUCACACCCCUCCGUCUGAGACCCGCAAGCUCGAAUCGAGUCCAGCUGUCAAUUCCAAAAGUCAGUGCCCUCUCACCGGAGCCCACUCAGCUGCUCAGUUGUGCACACUGCUGACCUCACCCCAAGACCUUCACGACCGCCUGUCGUACCACCCGGAUGACAGGAGCAACCCUGGAACGCCUCGGCGUGACGAAGUCGGUCACCUGCAGGGAGCCGCAAACGCCGCUGCCGCCUUGGCCGAGCUAGGAGGUGUCAAGUCGGAGAGUGCGUCCGUCGAAGUGGACUAUCCAGAGACAAAUGGCCACCGCAUCCCUAGGUCAUCGGUAGAAUUGCCCCCCAUCAACAUCGCCACGGGUGACAUCACAAGUGACCCGUACUCUACGAGCAACUCGCACCACCGCCCGCGAGACAUCCUCCCCUCUAUCCUGGGCCACUCACCCCCCGGGCGCUCCUCCACCCUCCCCCCUCUCCAAAGGCCCCUCGGCCCUAGCCGGCAACGUAAAGCAUCAGUGACCAAGCGCGGGCGCGAAGUCCAGCAGCACAGAAAGAAGAACUCGCGGGGAACGGCAGCCGAGUGGCUGCGCCGUAUCCAGAAUGACGAGUGUCGGCCAGGCAUCGAUGGCCGCCCGCACUCGGCAGAACCAUCUGGCGAUUUUGGCUCCCGCUGGGAGGAUCUCGUCGAGGCUGCUGGCAAGGCGGCUUCGAUGUCGGGUGAUCCAGACGAGGAUCGGACUCCGAUGCCUCAAUCACCCGUGUCCCAGGCCUCCGCCCCCCGCUCGUCAUUGCCACCCCUAACGAGCCAACCCCAGCUCCAGACAAACCACUACCAGGCAUCUCCCUUACAGCAGGCACUCACCCCACCAUCGUAUAACCAGGACGCCAUCGACCCCUUCCCCUCUGUCGAGAGCGGCGACAGCGGUGGCGGCGAGGGCUUCCACAUGGUGCCCCACGGCCUGUCGGACUCGUCUCCCAGCUACUCGUCGUCGCAUGACACGCAGAUAUACUGCGCCGCCUGCAGGGGCAUAUCCAGGCUCAAGAGCUCGUACGCCUGCACCGAGUGCAUCUGCGGGCUGUGCCACGCCUGCGUCGGCGUCCUCAUGCAAGAGCAUGGAGCCAGAAGGAAGUGUCCCCGCUGUGCCACCAUUGGCGGGCGGUUCAAGCCUUUCCAGCUCGACAUUAGAUGA